GAAGAAAGAUUAUGGAGAGGCUGAAGGGCCAGAGAAGGGUGACACAAAAUGUGGAUUAAGCGUUAUCUAAAGAGGAAGAAAGAGGCACUGGCAACAAACUGCUGAAACUUGUGCAAGUUGAAGAUGAUGAAUUCACAGCAUGGAAGAAGAUAUCUUUGGAUUUAGGAUGCACGGCAGAAAGCACGGAGCACUCGGAGUCUUGUCACUGAUGCUACACCCGUGAUGAAUUUCUUUAGCUCUUUGUGACACUAGUUGGUUUAAUAGGUACAGAAAACGAGCAUGGAUGGAUAAUCCCUUGCAUACAAAUGAAGCGGUGUGCGCAUUUGAUUUAAGUUCUUGUUGACAUUUAAGUCUUGUUCAAAUCCUCCAACAACAAGACGUCAUUCAACAGUGCAAAUGUAUUCCACCAUCUGAGACCACACGUCGUACCUUUUACAAUUAUGGAUUUGGACAGCCAAUCAGGCCACAUUAGUCCCUGCCACACACAGCUGGGAUUGACCUCUACGUCUUAUCAAAGUCCAGACAAGCAUGAAGUUUUGAGCGUAUCGUCUCUGGUCUCUUCCACAGUCCUCACGCUCAUACCCAGCUGUAACACCACAACAACAGGAAACCUUUACCCUGCGCUUCCAUCCUCUUCUAUUGUAACAGAAGAGAAUAAACUCCCUGAAACGUUUAGUUCUGAACUUUUAGAAGCCCAGAAUCAAGAAAUCACAACCAAACCAAUUUCUGAUAGCAUCAACCCUGCAGAGGUUCAGCAGAGAAAGCCGUCAGAUGGACAGCCACUGGAGGAGAAAUCCAUAAGUUUAAUGGUGCCCAGGGAGGUCCACAAUGAAGAAACAGGUGCGGACCAUCGGGCUUUUUCAUCUCGUGAACUGCUUGCAAUUCUGGGAAUUCCACUUGGUAUUAAGUUGGUCAUCAUUUCUGCUCUCUUAGUCAAGUUUCUGGCAUUCCCAUCUGGGGCUGAUGAAUCACAUCCUCCCUGUGACACAGGAUGGAGCUGCAAUGUCCCAAGUCAACUACCCUUUUUGUCUAAGAACCCAGUCAACCAGACGGGAAACAUCACUGCAGAGUGCCAGGUUAUGGUCAGUGACGGCAGACGAAUUGUGGGCGGGUCCUUGGCGACUGAGAGCCAGUGGGGUUGGCAAGUCAGCAUGCAGUGGAAAGGGAGACACGUGUGCGGAGGCACUAUCAUCUCCCCUCACUGGGUCAUCACUGCAGCUCACUGCUUUGUUGAGAACAACAUGUUUGAAGCAGCAGACUGGUUGGUGGUGGUAGGCACAGUAAGCCUCGCACAGAACUCCCCAGGGAAACGCCACAGAGCUCUGCAGAUCCACUACCACCCUCAGUUUAACAGGCACAGCAAUGACUAUGAUGUGGGGCUGCUGCGCACCAUCACUGACAUGGACAUGGCUGGUGGGGUGCGGCCAGUGUGUUUACCAGGACCAAAUGAGUCGUUUCCUCCUGGGGCGCCCUGCUGGAUCACAGGCUGGGGGUUUACCCAAGAAGGAGGCUUUGUGUCAGAGGAUCUACGGCAGGCUCAGGUUAAAGUAAUAGCUCAAUCCAUCUGCUCCAGCCUGACCGUGUACGGGGAAUACAUUACUCCACGGAUGAUUUGCGCCGGCAGCAUCCCUGGAGGAGUGGACUCUUGCCAGGGGGACAGCGGUGGUCCACUUGUGUGUGAGACACCAAACGGGGACUGGAGGCUGGCCGGGGUGGUGAGCUGGGGAGAGGGCUGUGCACGGCCCAAUAAACCAGGCGUCUACAGUAGAGUAACACAACUGCUCCAGUGGGUGGAAGGGUUUGCAGAGAUUAAACCGGUAUUGAAGGACACCACGCCAGUUGUGAAGGAGAACUUGUCAGAAAUCAAUGCUUCUCUGAUAUAACUGGCAAUAAAGAUCAACAUCUGUCUCUCA